AUGAUGCCAAUGUUGGAGCAAAAGCGGUCGCUUGGUACCGAUAUGAGAGACCAACCAUCAAAUCCUUUUGACCUUUCCAAUUACACAGUACGAGAUGAUUCGGAGAUAACCACAAGUGAUGAAGACUCCAGCACUAUUUCAUCAAAUAGCGAUCAGCUAGUGGAGUUAACUAGUGGCCCCGUUUUUGGUCUUCCAACUACUGUUUCCGAAAAAAGAGUAUCUUCAUGGUUUGCUACUAGAUCCAAAUCUUCAGGUGUCGUUGAUGAGCUUAGUAGCAGCGAGGUUCAACCUAUUGCACUUACAUCAUUCAGGAGAAGCUUGUCUUUAUUAUUUAGAAGAGAAAGCUCACCUGAGAGAGGUGGAGACACAGAUCACGAGAGUGAUGGAAGGAAAAAAGACGCUGAAGAACUGGAGAAUGCUAAGAAAAAACAGGCGGCAGAGAUAAAGUCUUGGAAGAAGUGGAAAGGAAGACAUUUCCAUCGCAAGAAUGGCAUCAGUACUGAACCUGAACUUGAACUUGAACAUAAUGGUCGGGAGUGGGAAAAAGACAAUUCAUUUGAUACGUGUGAAAUUGGUAAAAUCGACGUGGUAGAUCUGGAAGCAGAUGCUUCUAUCACAGAAUAUGAUGUAAGUAUGAAAAAGAACGAGGUUAAUUAUGCUAGAUUGACGAGGAUUGACAUCAAGGACUUAUAUCCAGACGUGGCUUCUAUUGGUCAAGACGCUGACGGCGAAGACGCUUAUCCGGGCGACGAGGACAGCGAAAUGAGUUCCUUAGAGGCCCAGUCAAAUAAAUUAAAGGUUAAGUUUGUCGACGAACUAUCUCAUCCAGAGAAAUCUACAAAACCCGUUAAAUCACCUCACGACACAUAUUCGACUGCUUCUUCAGAGUAUGAAUCACGAGAAUCAGAACGCACUACGAUCCCGUCUAAAUACGAGGUGGUUAUAGAAGAGCCACUUAUUGAGGAGCAAGAGAAAGAUCAAAAUCUUGAGCAGCAGAAUAUUCAUACCGAUGAUUUACAGACUGGUGAUGCCAAUUCUAUGAUUUAUAACUAUAUUUACGAGAGCCCAAAUGCCAAGAAUAAGUCCAUUGACCUUUGGCAGGUUGAUCCACAUUCAGUUACCUUUGCAAAAUUCAAUCAGAUUGUCCAGCUAUUGAAUGGCGAUCCACAGAAGAUUCGUUUUAGAGACUCUUUAGUGGAGGUUUUGGAUUAUACACUUUCCUUAGCUGUUCAAAAAGAUGAAUCAGUAAAUAAAAUGGAAACAGAUUAUCAGAAGUUAAAGGAAACAUAUGAUAUGGAGUCAAGGGUUCAAGCUGUUACCGAAAAGGAAAUUAAUCAGCUACGCGAGCAGAUCAAGAUUCUACAGAACGAGCUAACGACGAAAAAAGAUGAGCUACAUGACGCUUCUACAGAGGCUUCCGCACGUGAUAAAGAGGUUGAAGAGUUGAAGAGCCAGCUAGAAUCUUUGAAUGCCACUUUAUCGGAGAAGGAAGCUGAACCAAUUGCGCUAAAAGAACAAUGGGAUAAGGAACGGGAACAGAUGCUGUAUGAACAAGCUCAAGCAGCAAAGAAAUCCAAAGCCUGUGAGCAAGAAUAUAACACUUUAAAAGAGGAGUACAAUGCUUUAAAGGUGAAGUGGAAGAACAUUCAGUUCGAUUACUCAAGAAUAGAGACAGAGAAGAAGGCAUUGGAUGACAAAUUCCAUUCCACUGUUGCUUCACUAACAGCGAAGGAAUCCACAGAAAGACAGCUUAUGGAAGAGAACCAUCAAUUAGAAGCAACUGUAAAAUCCAAAAUAGUGGCAUUGGAAAGAGCAAACAGAGGCAACCUGCAGUUGCAACUUGAUUGCAAGAGAGAGAGAAGUAAGUUACUUGAUCUAAAAGAAGAUAACAAAUACUUAAAAAGCUACGUUGAUCUAAUGGAAUACUUGAAAUUAGAAUCGCUACAGUUUAUGUUGCAAUUCGUGGCCAACUUUAGAAAGAGCAUCACCGAAGAGGAAUACAUGGACGUCCAGGAUCUAAUAAAUAGCUGCAGCAGGCUUAAACCAUUCAGCCCCAAUAGGAAGUUUUCAAAUGCAGAAAUCCUUGAGAAGACAGAACUUGAUCAAUCCCUUAUCUCUAAAAUGUAUCAAGUUGCAAUGAAGAAUGUAUUAUACUUAGUAUCUAACAAGUUCAUUGAAAUACAGAGAUCUAAUAAGUUCCUUACAGAACAGCUUAUUGAACUAAGAAAAGACGUGGCCGAUAAAGAAGAAUAUAUUAAACUUUUAGUAGCAGAUACAGAUGGAUUAAGGAGUAAAUUGGAACGCUACAGGCCAAGCCACCUAAGUAAUACGGAGGAUGCCCACAAACCAAUCCAUGCCAGGCCAAUCAGGAUGGAAAAGAAGUUAAAUAAGAGGUGA